AUGGCAAACCUCAACAUAGUUACCCUCAACGUCAGGGGUCUUAACUCCCCGACAAAAAGAGCACUAACGCUACACGAACUCCACAAACUUAGAGCUGAUGAGGCAUUUCUUCAGGAGACCCACCUAAAAGCAGACUCCACCAUCACUAUUCGCAACAGACACUACCCCACAGGAUAUUUCAACUCCUACACGGACGCAAAAUCCAGAGGAGUAGCCAUCCUCACAGGGGCACAAACACCAUAUACCCACACGUACCAAUACACAGAUCCAAACG